UUAUUUCUAUCACUUUGGAAACUUUGAUCCCGACAUGAUGUGUCGUGGCCGAUGGAUCCAAAAACAAUAAGCUCUCCAUUGACCUAUAACUGCUGGGGCUGAUUGGCUGCUCUAAAGAAUAACUCCAGUUACCCAGUGUGCCAAACAUGUGUCACUAUGAAAAAAUCCCAAACCAGAAAUGCAAGAAAACCUCAUGAGAGUUUCGGUAAGAGUCGAGCCAAAGCAGACAGCAGCGACGCCUCAUUCCACAGAUGAAAGGUUGUCAGAGCGACAGCAGAGCUGCAGUCGAGAUGAGUCUCUCUUCUCCAAAGUAGUUAGAGAAGUUAUUUAAAAAAAGAAGCUCCUCAGGACUCAACAGCACAGGAACACGCGUGCACACAUGGCUGCUUCCAGCUGCGGACUGAGUCAAGAUCAGUUUGUGUGCCCCAUCUGUCUGGAUGUGUUCACUGAUCCAGUGGCCACACCAUGUGGGCACAACUUCUGUAAGAACUGCAUCACUCAGCACUGGGCUGUCAACAUCCCGUGCAGGUGUCCUAUGUGUAAGGAGGUUUUCUACACAAGACCGGAGCUGCGGGUCAAUACUCUGAUCUCUCAGAUGGCCGCUCAGUUCAAACAAACCCAACCAGAGCCAACAUGUGUAACAGCAGAGGAUGUUUCCUGUGACGUCUGCACUGGAACCAAACUGAAAGCCUUGAAGUCCUGCCUGGUGUGUCUGGCCUCCUACUGUGGAACUCACCUGGAGCCGCACCUGACAGUGUUAGGUCUGAAAAAACAUCAGCUAAUCCAUCCUGUGGAAAAUCUGCAGGUUCGGAUGUGCAUGAAACACGAUAAACCUCUGGAGCUCUACUGCAAGAUCGACCAGAUGUGUGUCUGCAUGCUCUGCAUGGUUUUAGACCACAAGACACACAAUGUCGUCCCUCUGAAAAAAGAAUACGAAGAAAAAAAGGCUGAGCUGGACGAGACAGAGGCUGAGAUUCAGCAGAUGAUCCAGAAGAGAAAGGUGAUGAUUGGGCAGCUCAAACGCUCGGUGGAGGUCAGUAAUGAAAGUGCAAACAGAGAGAAAGAACAAGGUCUUCAGGUUUUUGCUGCUCUGAAGGAGCCCAUCGACCGAGGCCUGGCUGAGUUCAUUGAGACGAUCGAUAACAAACACCGACCAAUAGAGAAGCAGACCAAAGGCUUGGUUGCAGACCUGGAGCAGGAGAUGUUUGACCUGAAGAAGAAAAGUGAGGAGCUGAAGCAGCUCUCGUGUUCUGAAGACCACUUCCACUUCCUCCAAACCUUCUCCUCCUUAAAGGAGGCCAAAGACUGGACAGGUGUCAGUAUCCGUCAGCCAUCAUAUAAAGGGACUGUGGCAGCAGCUGUAGCUGAGCUGGAAGAGGCGCUCAAAAAAGAGAUGCAGAUCUUCUUUGAGGCAGAGCUGAAGAGGGUCCAGCAGUAUGCGACCAAUGUGACCCUUGAUCCUGAGACAGCAAAUCCCUGGCUCAUCGUGUCUGAUGACAGGAAACAGGUGAAGUUUGGUGAAGUAAACAAGAAUCUCCCCGACAAUCCAAAGAGAUUUUCUUAUUAUGCCAGUGUCUUAGGUAAGAACAGCUUUUCGUCAGGAAGAUUUUACUUUGAGGUUCAGGUUGAGGGGAAGACGAAGUGGGACUUAGGAGUAGCCAGUGAGUCGGUGGACAGGAAGGGACAGAUCACACUGAGUCCUCUGAACGGUUACUGGACUGUGUCUUUAAGGAACGGAAACGAGUACAAAGCUUUGGCUGAAUCUCGCGUCCAUCUCCCUCUGAAGUCUGUGCCCAAGAAGGUGGGGGUGUUUGUUGACUAUGAAGAGGGUCUGGUGUCUCUGUACGAUGUGGAUACAGCUGCCGUCAUCUACUCCUUCACCGGCUGCUCAUUCACUGACAAACUCUUCGCCUUCUUCAAUCCCUGCAAUAAUGACUGUGGGAGAAACUCUGCCCCUCUGCUCAUCUGUCCGAUACAGAACCUCAAGUUAACGCAGUUAUACUCAAGAAUAAAAAACAGAAUAAAUAACUGACAAAAUAUUUACUCCAGAACUUCAACUCAGAUCAAUGAGGAUGUUUCUUUGUUUUCUACUUGUCAUUGAUAAUCAUUAGAUGCACAUAUAGAAUAGUAAUGUACACUGUUUAUAUGAACUAACUUAGUUUGUUUUUUAGCCUAAUUACACACAAACUACAGGACAGAUUAUCAUGAAACUUGGCUGGAGGACGCAGUCUGGGUCAGGACAGAACCCACAUCUUUCUUUACCAUUGUGAAACAGGAUGUUUUUGACAUUUACCUUAAUUCCUCUGAGAAUAAAUCAUGGAUCUUGAUCAAAAAAUACUCUAGCCCUGGCAGAGGUGUGAGCUCUACUGAGUGAGAUUGACAGGUCACAUUCUUCGACUGCUACAGGAAGAUCACACAGAUUGAGAUCAUCUAAGUUCAUGUCAUUACAAAUAAGCACUAAAUUGUAUGUAGUGUGAAAAAGGACGAGAGAUGAGCACGAUUCUUUCUCUGGUACAAAGUGAAACAAAUGGGAGACAUGAGGAGCAGUGAAGGUUAUAGAAAGUUCCAGUGAUUGCAAAGGAGAAACAAAUAAGCAGGAGGAGAGGUGAUUGGCCAACUGGUCCCAGCUGGGCCAAUCCCCCCGUUCACCUGGAGCCUGAGUCUCCUCCACACAGCAUUUUAUCAUUUACAGUCAAACUGGGUGAUUUAUCCAACACCAGGAUUAUUAAAAGAUUGAUUUGUUAGAACUGGCAAAAACACAUUUUAUUACUCAGAACAACUCGACCCACUACAAACUAUUACCACACAAAUACGAUGGAGAUGGGUUCGGGUUACUGUGUCAUAAUCGAAAUGAAAAACACCGUAGUCUUUUAUUUUGAAACAAUGACUGUUUUUCUUUGUGAAACGAUUUUUCAUGUCCCAUUAAAAUCAAGUCAAACUGCUGAA